CUCAGGAUUUUCUCUUGCUGGUUUAAUUAGUUUCCUUUUAUUGCCGAUUGGAGGGGGUUAAAGUCGCCCCGGCCAGGCCACGGGCUAUCAGUCUCUCUAUUGAGAGCUCCCCCCCCUCUUUAAAUACAAGUGAGUUUGGAGAAAAGAAAGAGGGGGAGAGGGGGGCCGAGUCACUUUUUUCAGCACAGGAAAAGGUUCGAAGGGCAUUUUAGACAAGCCAUCUCGCAGCGCCUGGCCGCUCCCGGCCCGGGAGUCCUGCGCGCAUCCCAUUUUACAUGCGACGAUUUCGGGGGUAAAGAGAGCAAGUUUUUCUUCUUGGGCAAAUUGCAGUCUCCCCUUUCCCUUAAAAAAUUCCUCAGCCCGCCUUGUCUUGCAGGCAUCUCGGCAAAGGAAACUUCCUUCGUCCCCAAUUUGGACUUUUUGCUUGUUUGUUUCAAAGUGUCUGGGGCCUGUGUGCACAAGAGUGUUGUUUUAGGUGAGAAUACUUGUCAAACUCUUCUGUAGCGUGGCGCCUUGCUCCCGAAUCAGACGCCGGCAGCCAAACUUGUCCCCUCCUGUAGAGUAGGAAGCAGCCGGGCGCCGGGGCUGCUGGGGGUGCCAGGAAGAACCGAGGUUGGGAUCCACUCCUCUGGCCAUGCUUGCAGCUACCUGUAAUAAGAUCGGCAGCCCCAGCCCGUCUCCCUCCUCCCUCUCGGACAGCACUUCUUCCUUCGGCAAAGGCUUCCACCCUUGGAAAAGAUCCUCAUCCUCUUCUUCCGGCAGCUGCAACGUAGUGGGUUCCAGUCUCUCAAGCUUCGGAGUGUCUGGGGCCUCCAGGAACGGCGGCACGUCUUCGGCUGCCGCGGCGGCCGCGGCGGCGGCGGCGGCGGCCGCGGCCCUGGUGUCCGACUCAUUCAGCUGCGGCGGCUCGCCGGGCUCCAGCGCCUUCUCCCUCACCUCCAGCAGCGCCGCCGCCGCCGCUGCUGCUGCCGCGGCCGCCGCGUCCAGCUCGCCCUUCGCCAACGACUACUCUGUGUUCCAGGCCCCUGGCGUCUCAGGGGGCAGCGGCGGCGGCGGCGGGGGUGGCGGCGGAGGCUCCUCCGCACACUCGCAGGACGGCUCCCACCAACCGGUGUUCAUCUCCAAGGUGCACACCUCGGUGGACGGACUGCAGGGUAUCUACCCGCGCGUGGGCAUGGCGCACCCAUACGAGUCGUGGUUUAAGCCCUCGCACCCCGGCCUGGGGGCCGCGGGCGACGUGGGCUCUGCCGGCGCCUCCAGCUGGUGGGACGUGGGCGCAGGCUGGAUCGACGUGCAGAACCCGAAUGGCGCGGCGGCGCUGCCGGGCUCGCUGCACCCCGCAGCCGGGGGGCUCCAGACCUCGCUGCAUUCACCGCUCGGAGGCUACAACUCGGAUUACUCAGGCCUGAGUCACUCGGCCUUCAGCAGCGGCGCCUCCUCGCACCUGCUCAGCCCCGCGGGGCAGCACCUCAUGGACGGCUUCAAGCCAGUUCUGCCGGGCUCCUACCCGGACUCGGCCCCAUCUCCGCUGGCGGGCGCCGGGAGCUCCAUGCUCAGCGCUGGGCCGUCGGCGCCGCUGGGGGGCUCCCCGCGUUCCUCCGCCCGCCGCUACUCUGGCCGAGCCACUUGCGACUGCCCCAACUGCCAGGAGGCAGAGCGGCUGGGGCCAGCCGGGGCAAGCUUGCGUCGCAAGGGCCUGCACAGUUGCCACAUCCCUGGCUGCGGGAAGGUGUACGGUAAGACGUCGCACCUCAAGGCGCACCUGCGCUGGCACACGGGCGAACGGCCCUUCGUGUGCAACUGGCUCUUCUGCGGUAAGCGCUUCACGCGCUCCGACGAGCUGCAGCGGCACCUGCGGACCCACACCGGCGAGAAGCGCUUCGCCUGCCCGGUCUGCAACAAGCGCUUCAUGCGUAGCGACCACCUCAGCAAGCACGUGAAGACGCACAGCGGCGGCGGCGGCGGCGGCUCUGCGGGAUCGGGCAGCGGUGGCAAGAAGGGAAGCGACACCGACAGCGAGCACAGCGCCGCAGGCAGUCCGCCCUGCCACUCCCCGGAGCUGCUGCAGCCCCCUGAGCCCGGGCACCGCAACGGCCUAGAGUGACACAGCUCGCCCCGCACCACUCUCCCACUUCCUCCCACUUGGGACCGCUUGGUCCUUGUCUGUCCUGGCCUCGACUCCAGCCUCUCUCCACUGCACCCUGCGCGCUCUCUUUCGCUCGCUCUCUUUCUGUGUGUCUUGUCUCUCUUUCCUCUGACUUAACUUUGUGAAGGGAUAUGGACAUGUAAGUAAUACGCAUCAAUAUCCCAGGCCCUGGCUUUCAAGUGCAGCUCGAACCUGUGCCCCUUCGCUUCCCUCCUCCAUUCCAGGUUGCCCUAACUUUUAGAAGGCAGCGGACGCUUAAGUUAGAUCUGGACGAAUGUAGUGCCUGGGAGACCUCGAGCUUCCGCGCUGGCGGGAACAACUAGGCUGAGCAAGCUUGAGUUGGAGAGGUGGCAAGGGUGAGGCAGGAGGCCGGGCAGGGAAUCUCAGCCAUGGCAGCGACUCGGUUCCAGAACCGCAGUUCUGGGCGUCUCUGCUAAAGAGGGCCCAGCUGGGCUGCUGCUCCCGCAGCGCGCCCGGCGCAGGUGGUCGAAGCUCGGUGGGGUGCGGGUCUGGCAGCACCUAGACCCAAGAGUUUGCAGAUUUUAGCUUUUCCAGCGUCAGCCCUGCCUCUUUCUCUUUGUUCCCUGAGGUGGAACCAAGGCAAGUUUCAGCAAAGGGUAGUCUUGGCGAAUCGCUGCAACAGCCUUCUUUAUUGUUUUUGUCAUUAAAAAAAAAUACUAUAAAAGUAAGGGGGAAGAAAGCAGCCUUCCUCUUUGUUUCACUUCUAGUUUUUUUCCCUUAUCAGUGAGCGCGUCUUUCUCUCAAAACUGUGCUAAUAAUUGAUCCCAAAGUUAUUUUGAUCACAUUAACUUAACUUAUGGGGUGGGGGUGGGGGUGAGGGUAGGUGUCUUUUUCUUAUGCAAAAAUAUCCCUUUUCCGGUGAGACCAGAUUAACUCUCUUCGUGUUUGUCCUUUUCUACCUCGUUUUCACCACUCCCGAGCAUAAUCUCCAUCUUUUUUUUUUUUUUGUUAGUCCAGCGGUCAAUUUGUAUAGUAUCCAUUCCUGUAAAUUCUUGCAAUUCCUUGAAGAUUUUAGGGUUAAACUUUUUUUGGUGUGAUUUAAACUUAUAAACAAGUGAAGAAGGUAUCACUUAUUUCAGAUGAGGCUGUAGGUUAAAUGCCAAAAGAGGGAAAUAGGAAAAAAAAAAAACCUUUGUAAAAUAUAUCUGAACCUAAUGGUUUGUACAACUGGAGAAUCGUUCUAGAUUAGUUACCAAUUAAAUAUAACUCCACCAUUGUAAGGGUGUGAGGUGCAGUUGUCCAAGAGACGAUUUUGUAUAGUAUUUUUUUCUUGUACAUUACUUCCAGUAAAUAUUUGAAAAUAUAUUGAAGUAAACUUGAUUUUUUUUUUGUCACAAGAAAAUAUUAAGAGUUAUUGUGGCAGUUCUCAUGAGCUGCAGGAUUUUUGAACUCACUUCUGGAGGUGCAGAGCCACAAACGCACUUUCGGGGCCUAGUUUUGCUCGAAUAUGAAUUUAGAUAGGUAUCAAACUGUAACUAAGACAAUAUUUGAUAAAUGUUGGAUGACAUUUAAUUUAAUGGAGCAUGUACUUAUUUGCAUUUGCUGGCAGUUCAGGCAUAGUUAAAGUGAGAGUUCUCCUAUAUUUCAUAAUAACUGGGUCUGCCAAAACCCAUGUAUUAAAUAAAUUGUCCAAGUGAAACUCGACUAACCUUGGCCUUUGUGUAUUUCCUGAAGGUAAUAUUGUUAACUGUUAAUAAACACUCCUGACACUACAUUUAAAUGUUUGCAGAUUCUGCAAACUAAUUGCUCAUUGUAAUGUUGAAAUAAUUUGGAUAUUUCACAUUGAAAUGAAAAGCCUUUCUCUGGAACAUUUUAGACUUGCAUUUUAAAUGCAUGAAAUGUAAUUGAUUUAUUUGUAAUAUUUUAAAUGGUAUUAAUAAACUCAUAAAAGACUAGGCCAGUUAAUUUGUAUUUUUUCCCCCUUUUUAAACUAUGGACAUAUGCAUUUUAUCUUCAGUUUAAAUGUCUAAUUUAAACAAAAUAUGACCCUGUUUUGUGGUAAUAUUUAAAUAAUUGCCUUUAAGAUAUUAGAUGGAAAGAUCUAUUUGGCAAAGCUGUGUUUUCUCUAUUUACCAAGAUAAAGAUUAUAGAGUCUAAGAAAUGUAAUUAAUUAUUUACCAGAUUUAGCUCAUAGCAUCAGGAUUUACUUACCUCUUAAAGUUUGUAGUAAGUCACCAGACAAUUCAGAAAAAAUUUUCCCUAUUCUUCUUCCUUGUAAGUCUCCAGAAGAAAUCAGCUUGUUGGCCAUUGAUUGCAUUUAGUAUUUAAAAGGCCAAGCCUUACAUUGGAAGAUCAAUACUUCUAAAAUAAAAACAUGGGUUUGGGGAUAACUUUUGUUGUUAGAAGGUGGAGGAGGUCAAGCUAACAAAAGCUUGUUUUUGGCAUUCCAUGUCUUAGCUAAAGAUUAUGUAGAGGUAAAUAUCAGUAGUAGGUUCCUGUUGAAAUGAGUUAUCUGUGCUUUUAAAGUCUCUAAACAGCCACCAAAGAAAAGGAAGGUUAAACCUUAAUCUAUUUACUAGGCUAUUGUUCAAAGGUGUCAAUGAUGCCAAUAAAAAAUAUUGUCUUGUUAUGUCUAAGUGCAUUUAAGCAAUGGGUGUUUCUUGAGCCAUACUUUGAAACAUAAAAUACUUUAAAUGUUGAUUGAUGUUAUAUCAAACUAUUUCACUAUUAGAUUAAUAUUAUUAUUUUGAAUCAAAUUGAAUAAAAAGUUAGUGUGUUCAGA